AUGUGCUCUGUGCCCGGCGUUCCAAUCGCGGGCUCCCAGGUCUCUGUGGUUGUCUCCCGGGUCGAACUCAACCAGAGCGCUGGUCUGCUGGAACUAUGGGUCACUCUGCACCAGGACACACACCAGGUGUGUGACCAGAAGCACCAAGACACAAGCCACGUCUAUGAAAAGAUGCACCAGGACAUCCAGCUGCCCAAGCGGGUCUUCUGCGGCCCUGAAGGCCAGCGCGGCGACUUGUGCCUUGCCAACGUGGACGAGCGAUGGCACCGCGCUCGUAUAGUCUCGGUACACGACCAGCACUACCAGGUGUUCCUCAUUGACACGGGUAGGCCACACCGAGCCGCCUGCCGGGAGCUGGCCUGGGGCAGAGACGAGUGCUUCAUUCUACCGCCCGAGGUGGAGUGCUGCAUACUCGCCAACGUGGUCUGCGCCGAAAACUGGCCGGAGCGAGCGCUCAACUUCCUCCGGUCACUUCCUGGGAAAGAGUUCCAUGGCCUGGUGCUGCACGCGCUGAUGCCCGAGAGGAACAUCCUGCUGGACCUGCCGAUGAUCUCCAAACAUCUGUGCAAAGAGGGUGUGGCCAAGAAGAUCCUGACGAGCGACUUCAAAGACCUGGUGUUGAAGAGUCUAAGUUUGCCAAGAGAGGAACCUGUGACGAGCAGAGAGGAGCAGAGCUCACACCUGUGCCGCCAGCUUGACGACGAGUGCAGCUUCUUCUGCCCUGAACUCAGCCUCAACACGUACGCGGCAGUGCGGGUGACUGAGGCGGUGCAUCCGGGGCUUCUCUUCUGUGAACUCCUUGUGUUUUCCAAAGCCUUCUGCCUCCUCUCAGACCAGAUGAACUUGGAGUUGAACGCUGAAGCAAGCGCCAGUGAAUCCCGCCCUCGAGCUGCGAGAACGGCAUGUGCUGCUUUGGGGGGGGACGGAAGGUGGCGCCGCGCCAUUUUAAAUCAUAACGUCCGCUCCGAAGACGCCACGGUUGAGGUGUUUUUUGUAGACGAAGGAAAAACUGAAGUGAUCCAAGCUGCAAACAUCAAAGACCUGGAGCCUAAGUUCCUGCGGAUGCCUGUUGCCACUUACAGAUGUUCCUUGGCAGGUAUUUGUGAUGCAUGGCAGUGGGAGCAGAAAGACCUGGACAAGCUGAAGUCUCACACUCUGCACCACGAACUUGUCGGCCGAUUUGAAUGUCACCUUUUGCCAGAGGAUCGCUACACGGUUCGUCUUUACACUGAUGACGCGUGUAUCAACGAUUAUUUCACAGAUAAAACGGAAGCAACGGAUCAAACUGACGCGAGGCCAAGUUUCCCACACAAUCGGUUCCAAAACUAUGAUGCUGUUAACUGUAGCUACUCCCCAAAAGGUUUACCACAAAACACUGCUCCAGACAGUAACGUGCCCUUGGACACGCCUUUCUGUGAUUCAUUAAAAGUCGGAGCUAACGUUAACGUAAAUAUCUCGUCCAUCGACACCGCAAACAGAUUCUGGUGCCAGCGCUCUGACCGCAAUGAGCUGGACGUCCUCAUGAGCAAGCUGCAGGUGCACUACGCCUCGGCUCCUCCUGCUCCACUGCUUGAACACAUCUGCGUUGCUCGAAACCCAGACAACAACACCUGGUACCGUGCCCGAGUCAGUGCCAACCAGCCUCCCUCUGAGGUUCACGUCACCUUCAUUGACUUUGGCAUAUCUAAAACGUUGUCACUCUGGGAGCUGCACCCAAUUGACCCUACGUUCUUAAGGCUGGGCGCACAGGCCUUCCCAUGCGCACUGGCCAAUCUCCCGCCCGCAGAUGUGAGCUGCGCGAACCAGGAGUUCCGCAUGUUCGUGGAGUCGGCUCAGAGCGACGGCCUGCAGUGUGUGGUGAAGGCGGUGGAGGCCGAUGAAGAGGGCGGUGUGCUGUCCGUGGUGGAGCUACAAACGCAGACCGGAGGCACGUCUCGAGUUCUGGCAGAAAAACUGGCGGGAAAACCUUCAGCGUUCCAUCAUUCCCAUCACAGAAUCCAACGGAAUCUGAAAGAGAAGAUCCGUGUCACACAUUCUGAGACGGUGCACUGUUUCUAUGCACAACUGGACAGAAACACGCAGCUUUUGGAGCGAGUGCAGAGCGACAUUGAGAAGCGAAUACACGAGUCUUCAGCUAUGAUCUCUUCAUUUGCAGUCGGUGACCUUUGCGUCGCGAGACACACAAACUCUCGGUGGCAAAGAGGACAAGUGGUCGAGACGUUUCCGCAGCUGAAAGUCCAUUUUGUGGAUUUUGGUGAAAUGCUGAUUGUAAACCAAGUAGAUAUUCAGUUGUUCCCACAAGACGCCGUUGCUGCCAGAAUUCUCCCAGUUUUAGCUAUUCCCCUGGCGCUGUACGACAUACCCAACACAGUCCCUCCAGAAAUCAACGACUGGUUCUCUGCUAAAGUUGUUGGUAACAUGUUCACCAUGUCUGUGGAGGGGAGUGGGCAGCAGGGGGCGCUGUGUCAAGAGAGUGGGCUGCAGGUAGCACUGUGUCAGGGGUUGGACAGCGUGAAUGCACAAGUGAAAGAGAAAAUAAUCGAUUUCAACAAAACCAGCUCAGCCUCAAAUGUAGUGGAACAGUUGAGUAUCACAGAGAAACCUGUAAUGUCGCAAAGCCUCAUGGAAGCACAUGUUGAUAAAAACUCUGUGGAAAUCACUGAUACAGAAAUGACUGAAUAUGCUCCAGACAAACCCUCACCGGCUGAAACUGCUCCAGACAAACCCUCACCGGCUGAAACUGCUCCAGACAAACCCUCACCGGCUGAAACUGCUCCAGACAAACCCUCACCGGCUGAAUCUACUCCAGACAAACCCUCACCGGCUCCAAACCUGGCGUACAAAACUCGGCUGGUGACAGCCCAGAGACAGCUGCUGUACGCGUCGUCGAUCACAAGCCCAGAUUACUUCUGGUGUCAGAGCAGUGACGCGGACGAUCUGGACCAAGUGACGGAACUCGCUCAAGUGGAAGGCCAUGCGGUGCAGGACCCGCUCUUCCCGCUUCAACUGCGUCCGCAUCAGCCAUGUCUGGCGUUGUACAAGAGCGACCAGCAGUGGUACCGCGCGCAGGUCGUCUGCAAGAACCAGAGUACUUUCACUGUUGUCUUUGUGGACUUCGGGAACGAGGAGGACGUGCGGUACGAAGACGUGCGGCCGCUGUCCGCUGAGCUGCUAGCUGUGGCUCCGCAGGCGCUGCUCUUUCAUUUGGAUGGAGCCGAGGAGACUCAGCAGCAUUGGGAUGAGGCCUUCUACAAUGCCUUUGUAAGUCUGAUAGAAGGACGAGCUCUGAGCAUCACAGUCUUGGACGUGACGCACCAUCCGGAGACACAGCUGCCGCAAUACACGGUGCAAAUCCACGACGACGCGGUCCAUGAACUCAUGCAGCGCUUUGAGGCUAACGAGAGCAAAGCCAAGACUCAGAGAGACGGUGGAUCCACUGUGCUCUACAGUUCUCCAAAUGCUCUCCUGAAUAAAAGACUAGCUGUAUUUGUCACCUUCAACUCUGGUCCUGCACACUUCUGGUGUCAGCACAAGGACUCAGACAAGCUCAACAAAAUCAAGGAAAUCUGCAAAGAAGGGGGUUGGGUUGAAGAUCCCUCAUUCGCUAACUCUUUGAGCCCAGGGAGUCCAUGUCUUGCUUUGGAUUUAAAAGACAACACAUGGUACAGAGCACAAGUAAUCAGCAAAGAGAAAGAUCAGGUGAGCGUUGUUUUUGUAGAUUAUGGCAAAGAGACGGAUAUCCAAAGCAAAAACGUGAGGCAGAUACCGACGAGUUUGAUGACGGUCCAGCCGCAAGCGUUUCUAUGCCGCUUUGAGAACUGUGACGAGAAAACCCAGUGGCUGAGUGACGAAAUGUGCACGCGGUUUGUAAGUGCCUUGGCGGAGCGGCUGCACGAGGCAAGAGCUGUGUCUGUGGAGCACAACGAGAAGUUCAGAGUUCCACAGUAUGUGAUUAAAGACGACACAGGAUUAUUUGAGACGCUCAAGAGCAAGUUCUGCCAACAACAAAGUGACGGCAGUGACAAAAAAAAUAACGAGAUCAAAGGGACCCAGCCUCGUGCUUCAUUCAUGUCUGUGCAGAUCCAGAAGAAUUGCACGAUUGCUGCGUACGCCACGUGUGUCUCUGGACCCGACUUCUUCUGGUGCCAGUUGUGCGAUGACGCCGAACUGGACAAGGUUCACAAACAGGCUCAAGUCGAAGGCGAGGUUCCGUUGGAUAUGGACUUCUGCAACGCUCUGGUCCCCGGCGAUCCGUGUCUUGCCCUGUUCAGUGACGACCACACAUGGUACCGCGCCCAGAUCCUGAGCAAAAGCAUCAAGCUCAAAGCCGUCUUUAUCGACUACGGGAACGAAGACGAUGUUGGCUUCCAAGAUGUCCGGCCCAUUUCUGCAGCUCUGCUCAGCGUUCCUCCCAGAGCGUUUUUUUGCCUUCUCAACGGGUUCAAGAGCCAGAACCACAACGGUUCCUGGGACCAGAACGCAGACCAGUUUUUCCAUGACCUCAUUGUCGACCGUCUCCUUAAAGUAACGCCCGUUCGUAAAUUCCCGAACACUGAAACCCUGCUGCCUCAGUACGCAGUCGAGCUGGAGGUUGGGACUGCGUCGGUCAACCUGCAGAUGCUGACGUUCUGGAAGAAUGGAGCGAGCAAGAACGUACCCCACUCCGAAACAACUGCAGUACCAGAAGAACAAUCUGUACCAGCCAAAGCAGCUGAACCAGUAGUACCAAUAAGACCAGUCCCUUUUAAGAGUCCGGACGUGACCCUUUACCAGACUGUCCUGGUCCAUGCGUCCUGCAUCGUGGACCCGCACUUCUUCUGGUGUCAAUUUGACAGUGGGGAAGAGGAGCAGCGCCUCCUAAAGCUGGCAGAGGAGUGCUCUCACACGCAGCCUGUUCCCACGACUCUGGACAAAGGGGCCGCGUGCCUGGCCCUGUUUCCCGAGGACCAGCGCUGGUACCGGGCUCUGGUCCAGGCCAAGACACUUCACCACUCGUUCCACAUAGUCUUCAUCGACUACGGGAACGAAGCGGUCGACGUGACCAUGAGAGACACCAGAGUUCUGACGCAGAGUCUUCUGGAAGCUCAUCCGCUGGCGUUUCUGUGCGCGCUGAGCGGCUUCGACCGGCUGCGCGGCCGCUGGGACGACGGCACAGACGAGAGCUUCUACCACCUCCUGCUGGACCAACAACUCAAGGUGAAGAUUGUGGACCAGGAGACAAACGCGGAGCUGGGCCUGCCACAGUACAAGGUGGAAGUGGAGAGCGAGGGAGGCUGCGACAUCAACCAGUGCAUGAGGCAGUUCUGGAAAGAGUCCGCCGACCAGACGCUCAAGAGAAAAUACCAGGACUUUGAAUCAGCAACGAUGACAGAGACUGAGUGA